AUGCCUUGGUCGAUAGACACGUCGCUAUCGUUCAUCACCCUUCUCCUCACAGGAAUCUCGUUCCUUCUUAAAAUCUGGAACCAUGUUCCAGAUCUACCCCCGAUGCCUCGAUUAUCAGAAGACAACAACGACAUCAACAACAUCAACUACACAAUGUCGAUCCAGAGAUUCUGCUCGAAUCUGGGCUACAUCCCAGAGUCUACCAAACACUAA